AUGGGCCCAACACUUGCAGUUUUGCUAGACCGGAACAUUUGGCUGUCUCUGCUGGACCUUUGUUUGGAUGACUAUUCCAUUCCCUAUGAGGAAUCUUACGGCCAGCUUCUUUCAAGUGUGUUUAGCAGUACGCGCCGACCCCCAGACACCGCAUACACGAACCACCGUUUUGGUGUUGGCCUCACAGAUAUAUACGAUACUUCUCCGCUCCAGCUGGGCGAGAUUGACAAAUUGUGUGGCUCCGACCUGCUGCUUCGUGAUGUUGGAGCGUUGUGUUCUACCGUUGUACAAACGCAGAUGACAAGGCAGCUAUCGCUAGACUUGUCCACGGAAAGAGGAGACCACGGAAACAACUCCAAGUGGUGGGUAUGGCUCGCUUACGCUCUCUUUUCGAAGCGAGCUCGAGCGCUCUCGUCUGUGGAGUCGGUGGACUUGAUCAUUUCUAGCAUGACUGUGUCGGACAUGUCAGCGUUUACAUUCAUUCUGGCGUCCGAUCACCCGGAAGAAGACUUGUUUGAUUCGACACCUGGUCCAGCGAAAGCGAGAGAUGCAACACUAAAAGGUGGUUCACGUAUUCGAUGUGUGCUGGGUGAUCUAAGCGAUUCAACCAAUGUUCGAACCAUCACGGUGGACGACCCAGUACCAUUCAUUCGGACCUUUAGCGACGAUGGCAAGAGCACGAGGGUUGACGCUAUCGUUCCUGGAUACGGCCGAUGUCUAGUGCGACGGCGCGACUUGGUGUGCGACGAUGAAAUCAGCAGCAGAGACAACACGGUUGAUAGCGGUGGAGGAGUGACCUCUCUCAGACUCCGAUUCGACAAGAAUCCCCUGUUAGUUACGGACGGUUUGACUCUCUUCUUUGGUGCUAUUGGGUCUUCGCUCAAACGGUUAAUGUUGAAUGCACCGAGAGAUGACUUAUCAUCAAUUAUCAAGUGUUGCGCAAGUCUAGAGGAGUUGUCAUUGUCUGGAGGAGUAAACUGGGAUUCCACUUCGGCUAUUGCGGCGGUUCUUGCAGAUAACGACAGCCCCCUUCACGCCGGCCGAUUUGGGGACAAGUACCUGGCAUAUCGCGAAGUGGUUGUCCACCCUUGCUACGAGCACUAUCUGCCAAUGUUCAGGCGCCACCAUCUCAAACCGAUCUGGCGCGCGGUUGAACCGUUACCGCGUGGGAGAAAAAUCGCGCUCCUCAGUACGGCAACUGAACCAGAAAUGAGCAUCAAACGACGAACCGGAGCAAAACUGACGAAGCCGCUGAACCAGCACGUGCUAACAAAUAUUUUCGAGUUUGCAGCGGAGCCUGUGCUCCGAGAAGUCUACUUUCGCAUUUCACGCCGUAUCAUGGACGAGCUUCUCUACGAUGAUGAGCCCGUCUAG